AGUCGACAUGUGCUUGUCCUGAGAACACAGUUCCACCUUUAGAAACAAUUCAUCCGACAGCAAUGCAAUUAAACAUUGGCGUUACAAAAAUGUCGUUACGUAGCCUUUGAGAAACUUUCUUUCCAAUUGACAUCCUCAACUGCUUUCGUAUAGAGGAACUUGAACCUCGCCUACUUUGCGUCAAGUAUAAAGCACUAGAAAAUCUAAAAGUAUUCUACAACUCUCUUUCACGAUAACGGAAGGAUGGCCAACAAUAAUGGGAAUAUACGGAACAAUCGAAUAGAUGACAGCAUAAACUGCCCGACAGAAAAUGAUGACAAUCUGCAGAUAACUCCAGGCAUCCCUUUGUCCAGGAAACUGUGCUAUGCCAUUGGAGGAAUGCCUUAUCAAAUGACUGCAACCGCCAAGGGCUUUUUCAUGCAGAUCUUUUUACUGGAUGUUGUGAAGAUGGACGCUUUCUCUGCAUCGAUCAUCCUCUUCCUCGGUCGAGCUUGGGAUGCCAUUACGGAUCCUCUGAUUGGAUAUGCCGUGAGCAAGAGUGGCCGGACCAGAAUUGGUAAACUUAUUCCUUGGAUUGUUUUAACUAUGCCACUUGGGGUCACAUCGUAUGUCAUGCUCUGGUAUACCCCACAGGACACCAUGUCCUCUGCCUUCAGUUUCAGCUGGUACUUCAUAUGGUGCUGUCUCUUUGACACCUUCAUGAGCUGCUACCAUGUGCCAUAUUCUUCCCUCAACAUGUUCCUGGGGGGGAAUGAGAAGGACCGAGACUCAGCCACUGGUUACAGAAUGGGCAUGGAAGUGUUCGCCACCCUGGCGGGAGCUGCCAUUCAGGGUCAGAUAGUGGGAGUGCACCAUGCCAAAAAAACUAAAAUCUGUAGCUCACCGAAUGGCAGUGAUGAGACUUCUGGGAACCACACAGAUGACAUAGCUCUACAAAAUACAAGAACAGCCUAUAUGACUGGUGCACUGAUUUUAGGAAUGCUGUACUUUCUGUGCUGCCUCGUGCUUUUUCUUGGAGUAAAGGAGCAGUUGGCCCCUCUGAGUAAACUGGACCGCAUAAAUGUCUCCUAUCUUACUGGUAUGAAGAUGAUAUGGGGACACACUCCAUAUGUGCAUCUUGUAUUUGGCUUCCUCUUUGCUUCACUUGCGUUCCAGAUGGCUCAGGGAAAUUUCGCCCUCUUCUGUACUCAUGCAGCGAAUAUGGGAGGACAUUUUCAGCAUCUUGUUCUCAUAUUAUUGACAGCAGCCACAAUGUCAAUCCCAGUGUGGCAGACAUUAUUGGUCAAAAUAGGCAAGAAGACCACUAUAUGCAUCGGCCUUUCAAUUUACAUCCCAACUCUAAUUGUGAUAUCCCUAGUGAAAAGUAAUUUACCCGUCUUCAUUAUUAUGUCCAUUUUAGCCGGCACAAGUAUGGCAGUCCUCUUUUUACUCCCUUGGUCAAUGCUGCCAGAUGUAGUGGAUGACUUCAAAGCCAAGAACCCAUCUUGCCAGGAUCUAGAACCGGUAUUCUACUCCUGUUAUGUUUUCUUCAACAAAUUUGGUGGAGGCAUGUCUGUUGGAAUCUCAACUUUGGCACUACACUUCGCAGGAUACAAGCCUGGUGCUUGUAAACAUAAUCCAGGGGUGAUAAAAUCUCUGCAGAUACUCUUCGCUCCUGUGCCCAUCUGCCUGUUGCUCAUCAGCUUGGUGAUGUUUUACUUCUAUCCCAUCAAUGAAAAGCGACGGCAGAAAAUCCAGAAAGCUUUAAGGAAAGCAGGGGCAGAGACCAGCAUGACAGGAGAAGAAGAACUGAGCCUAUGAAGUAAUCAUUCAGUAUGUCAAGGAUUCCACUAUCAUAUAUAGGUUGUGGAACUGUUAAUAAUGAACAUGUUUUGUUUUCCAUCUCAGUGGAAAGGCUUUGUAUUGUGCAUGGUGAAUAUUUCUCAAUCCUGUUCUGGAGGGACCCCAACACUGUUUAGGAAUCUUACAAAUCUUACACACUUGAGAUGAAUAAUGGAGAGAUUUAAAGUGUGUAUUGCUACAUGGCUUUAAGACCAGUUGCAUAAACAGUCACUGAUAAGACUGUGUCUUAAGAACAAGUCUGGUCAACUAUUCCACUCUAAAAAACAAUGGCUUAAAACAACACAACUACUGGUUUGAGGGGCGACACAUUUAUGUGGGGUGACCAUAAAAGAAAUGGACACAGCGACCCCAUAGACUUCAACGGAGAAAAGUAAAGGCCAUUAAAAGCACUGACUUCCUGAUGGCUGAGCGUACUGUGCAGGCUCAAACCGAGCUUGACGAUGUAGAUGUUACGUGAGCAACCUGUCUGACAGUUAAGUCUUCUAGUAUCUGAGCCAAGGGGAAUCUGAAUCAUUCCCUUCCGAAUCUUGCAGAGACUGAGAGCGUUAGUAGGAGCUGCCCAUGAGCUAGCAGCAGGAUCAACUUUAUGAUUCUCUAUGGGCUUCCCCUUUGACUUUACCGGACGUUAUGCCUCCGCUGCCCAAUUUUAUUGGUUUAUAAUACAGCAAUCUUAUGGGCGUAGACUCUUGAGGUAUGAGCAUCCGCAUUCCUUCAUGUACGAGUCUGAUUCAAGGGGGUAAUCCUUCAAGCGGAAACUGAGCCACCCUGGGGGCCGCCUUUGUAGCAGACGAUCACCUGCUGUUAGCAUUCCAUUGACUCCCAUUCAUUUUGGCAUCACUUUGACAGCGAAUAACUUUGCAUCUGAGGCGUCAAAAGACUCCAUUUGUCCAUUAUUUAUUUCUAAAGAAACACGACAAAUGAUUCAGAUUCCCCUUGGCUCAGCUACUAGAUGUACAACUGUGAGACAGGUUGCUCACGUCACAUCUACGUCGUCAAGCUCAGUUUGAGCCUGCGCAGUGCGCUCAGCCAUCCGGAAGUGAGAGCUUCUAAUUGACUUCACUUUUCUCCGUUGAAAUCUAUGGAGUCGCUUUGGAUAAAAGCGUGUGCUAAAUGACUAAAUGUAAAUGUAAAAGAAAUGAAAUGUAAAAUGUAAUUGUUUUAAACAUGAGUUUGCCAUUAAACAUUGUAUUUGCACUUGUUAAAAAAUGACAACAAAAAUGGUCGUGCUUUAGAAUUUAAAAUCAGCUGCUACAUUCUUACAGUGAAUUUUCAUCAUUUGUGUAAAAUCUCAAGUUUGUGCUGCUGAUCCACCGAUCCUGAAUAGAAAUAUGAAGAAGUUAAAGUGAAUGACACGCUAUUGUAAAACAUCUCCCUAGAGUAGGCUAAAGGUGCUGUCACCAGGCGUUCGUUUUUAAACAAUAACUUUAUCUAUUCUGUGUCUUAAGAAGCCUAAAAUAAAACAUUAGCCAAAACAUCUUAACUAAAAGGACCAUGCUAAAUCGAUAAGAUCUGAUUAAAGUUAGAAUUUAAUAUUUCUUUAAUAUGGCCAAAUCAUUCACAAAAUCAUACAUAAAGGGAUGCGCAUGCUCAGAAUCGUCUACACCAAUACGACUGCUUGAUAAGAUAGACCAAAGAUAUUAACCAAUUAAAAUUGGGAGUGGGCGGAGCGACCCGUGUUGUCGCGCCCAAAUAUGUCGCCCUGCCCAAUCAUCCAGAAUGCACUCUGGGAUAGGCCUACUUGAAACUACUCAAAUUGGGUUGUUAUGUGUGACCCAGGGGCCCAGUUAUUAAAAAAAUAACCCCAAUAAUGUACCCAGAAGGCUCAACCCAAGAUUUGGUAGAAAAAAGAACCCAAGAUUUUUUAAAAAGUAAGAGUUUGUCAAGAAGUAACCAGUUUUUCUUUUUGGAUUCAAAUUAGACCAAUUUACUGUUUUAUGUCUAUAAAAAAAAUAUAACCAGUGUUAAAGUAAAAAAUUGCAUGAGGAACUUCUAAGACUAGUAAGACUAUUCUAAGCAGUUUGGAACUGGCCACAGGAUUGAGAAACAUUAGUUGGCUAGACUUAAAAGUGCAGUGUGUAAUUUCUGCUCCUUAUCCAGACAGAUAGUCCUGUCUAAAACCUAGACCACCUAGAUGUGAAGUCAAUGUUGCUGCAAAGUGUGUAAAACUCUUCAGAGAAUUCAACCAAUGAAAGGCUUGCUGAUAACUGUCUAUUAUUAUUAAGCUGAGUGAGUGAAUGAAAAGAUACACACAGUGUGUCGUGUAUGUAUGUACUUGAAUCAGCAUUUUUGAUCAGAAAUA